AACGAUCUCAUCUUGCAUUCUCCGGGGAAAUGGAAACGCCUAGAGAGCGCUAAAUUACGCGCAAGAUGCGCAGUGCGCACCCCCCUUCUCAAGCUAAGAGUUGGACAGAUAAACUAGUUGCUUCGUAUAAAUUAUAAUUCAUUACCGCUCUUUACUCCUUUCGCUCUCUCCCACUAUUGUGGUUUUUCGGGUUGGGUCAUUCUUUUCUGGAAAGUUUGAUUCCAGUGAGAAAAUUGUUUUCCCUGGAAUACAAACACUCGCUAAUCUCCGAUGCGCAUCGUUUCCUGCCUCGGUUUUACUUUAAUUUGAUGAAGAUCGUUGAUAUAUGCAGCCCUCUGCGUUUUCCUUGGGAUCGACCAAUGGAUCGCUGCUUCCGGAUUUUUCCCUGUCUCGCCGAUCCCGGUCGAAGGUCUUCCUUGUGCUUGAAGUUCGCCCUAGUGACAAUCCAUCUGGUUUAUGCCGGUGUUCUAUUCUUAUUUGAUGGAGAUUUGAUAGAAAAGACUAAGAAAGAACCGUGGUACACUGCUGUAUAUUUGCUGAUGUACAUUGUUACUUUAAUACAAUACUUUGUUACCUCUAUUUCCUCUCCAGGUUAUGUCCUUGAUGCAAUGAGGGCUGUUAAUGAGAGAAAUGUAGUGUACAGAAAGACAUCAGAAACAUCAAAUCAACCAGCUUCGAGCAGAAAUGGUAGCUUCAUUGUUGCCAUGGAAGGAAAUCAGACGGGAAGAAAUAUUUCAGGAAAUAAUGCAACAUCGUGGACAAAGUUGGUGGCAUCCUUGUAUCCUUCUGGAACAUUAGCCAGAACAUAUACAUGCGCCUACUGCAAUGUGGAGCAGCCUCCACGGACAAAGCAUUGUCAUGAUUGUGACAAGUGUGUUCUUCAGUUUGAUCAUCAUUGUGUUUGGCUUGGUAACUGCAUUGGCCAGGGUAAUCAUUGUCAAUUUUGGUGGUACCUUUGUGAAGAGACAGCACUGUCCCUCUGGACUGGCGUCUUGUAUAUUUCAUACUUGAAGGCACACAUUACAAGGGUUUGGUGGCAGGAUGCGAUCAUAAUACUACUCUUGAUCGCUCUAUCAAUUUGUCUUAUCUUUCUGCUUCUCCUACUGUUAUUUCAUAGUUAUCUUAUUCUGACAAAUCAGACUACCUAUGAACUUGUAAGGAGAAGACGGAUUAAUUAUCUAAGGGCGAUUCCAGAAAGAGUGCAUCCAUUUAGUAAAGGAGUUUGUAGAAAUUUAUACAACUUCUGCUGUGCAAGGAGCAGCGUAUACAGUAUGGAACCACUACCUACCCCUCAACAGAUAGAGGAAAAUUCAAGGCCGUACACAUGCUUGGAUACUGUAACUUGUCGAUGUUGCUGAUGGUUUUUGUACAAGAGUUUUCCUCCAACAGUUUGUGAGAACACUGAAGUAUGAUAAUGCUGCCGUUUGCUUAGAUGGGUAGAUGUAAACUUUAGGCUAUUUGCUAUUAUGAUUUUUGUUAUUCAUUCUUUGCUAAAUUUUGGAGGUUGAUGUUUCUAGCUUCAUGUACAGUUGCAGUGCUAGUGUGUUCUUUUGCCUUUAUACUUUAUUAGUUUGUAGACCUGGGUAUCUGGCUAUUAUCAAACUGACUCUCCUCAUGGAACACAAGCGUCAAUAGAGUAUUUAAGUUUGCGCGCAGUGGCGGCGCAUCGUUAAUGUCAUGGGAGGCGUUGGCUUCCUUAACAUUUGUUAAUAUUAUUUUACCCCCACGUACAUAUUUUCAACGUAUCUAGCUGCGGCCCUGGUUGUGCGCACUUGAUGUGGCAGCCUUUGCAUUCUUGCUUAUGUUAUAUCUAUGAAGUGUUCAAGUAGUCGAGUGGUCAACACGCUCAUGGAAGGCAUGUAUUGGAAUAUCACGAGUUUCUGUGUUUCCGUACCUCAAAAAGAGAAUAGCAAUUGCUACUAUUUGAUCGUAGAAUUCGGUUUAGGUCUUCCUGGAACGAUAGCACUCAUCAUACUGUUAAUUUUGCCUUGAAAGAAGGGGAAAAAAAUAGUGAAAAUAGUUACCUAGCUGGUCUCGUAGCGUUAAACUGUGUUUGUUAAAUGUCUGUUAUAUUUCAGCAUUUUUUUACGUUCUUUCUGUUAUUGGGAAACUAAUUAAGCUGACUUUUCUUUCCGUUGC